AUGAGAGGCUUUUCGGCCCUCUUCCUGGCCCUGUGCCUGCUGUGCACCUUUGCUGCCGCCAACUUCCCCGUCGACGCCGAGGACUAUGCCCUAGGCUUCUUCCACCGCAGACAAGACGGCUCUGCAUCCGCACCCGGCACGCCCGACGCCACAACUGCAGCGACCUCGACUCAAGCCACCACCAGCGCAGAGCCCACGUCAUCCUCCAGCACCCCUUCUGCAACCUCCGAGGAGACUACCACCGCUGCUGCCGCCACCACCACUACCGCCGAGACCUCUGCUGCCCCCUCCAACACGGCCGUUACCACGACCGCCUCUGUGCCCGCUUCGUCCGCCGCUGCCGGCACGACUCAGACCGACACGGCUGUCGUCACCACCACCGGUGCUUCUUCCGCUGCUGCUGGCACCACUGCCACCGCAGGCGGCUCCUCGGCCACCAGCUCGGCCUCUUCUGCGAAGACUACGUCGAAGACGACCUACACGUCUGCGCUGGUCGCUAGCUCCACCGAGGCAUUCACCACCACCAUCGUCACCGUCACCAAUGGCCAGUCUGCAACCCUCACCAGCACCGGCAGCACCACGCGCGUGUCAACCACCGGCUAUUCCACGGUCACCAGCGCUGCCGUCCUGAACAACGACAGCUCGAGCUCGGGCAGCUCUGGCAUGAGCUCGAGCACCAAGAAGAUCAUCGGUGGUGUCGUUGGUGGUGUUGGUGGCGCCAUUGUGCUCGGCGCUCUUGCCAUUGUUGCAUGGCGCAUCUGGGGCCGCAAGAAGAACCAGGUCGACGACGAGGACGACUACACGCUGGCUGGCAGCAACGCUCACCAGCCGCUCAACACGGAGAAGCGCAACAGCAGCUCGCCCAACGACAUGUUCAACCGCACGCUCGAGCAGCACCACACGCCUGGUGGCCGCGUCAACGCCGCAGCAAACUUCUAA